AUUUAAAUGUGAUGACGUCAGUUGAUGUAUUAUGACGUCAUAUUUCAAUUCCCAGAAUUAGAUUUAAAUCACUGUGUUGUCUUUAUGACGUUGCAUUCCAUUAUGACGGAAUAAAAGAAUGAUUAUGGACGUAACAGUAGUUCUAUUAUUGCUACAUCUCGCAUCUAUGACGAGGGGUCUCCCGGCUUAUGGUUCAUGCAAUUUUGACGAGGCUGAUUAUUCAUGCGGGUACACGCAAGAAGUUGACGAUAACUUUGAUUGGUUAAAGCAAAACAAUGUUGAUGGCGGAUAUUUCAUGGAGGUAGAAACCGAGAAUCACAUCAGGAAUCAAAAAGCUGUUUUCACGAGUCCACAGAUUGUACAACAGGACACACACUGCUUCUCAUUCAAAUACCAUCUGGAAGGGUCAGGAGUCGUAACCGAUGGUAACGGAUCCUCCCCACUUGGCACUCUACCGACAGCUAGUGGUCGGUUAUCGGUUUACGUCAGAAACGACAACACCGACACUUUGUUACAGCCAGUAUGGACAACACCCGAGUUAGGGGGCACCGAUGGCUGGGCGACGGUUCAUCUGGCUCUUAACCCAUUGGCUUACAGGGUAUCGUUUGAAGCCACUGUGCUACAAGAUAUUCCCGGAGUUAUAGCGGUCGAUAAUAUUGUUGUGUCUUCAAAACCGUGUGAUUCCACCCCCCAUUUCCUAAGGCUUGGUAACAAGGACGUGAACAAGGGACAAAAUGUUUCGUUGAAAUGCUUGUUAUGGGGCCAUAGUGGACCUGACCAAGUUAUUUUGAUGCAAAAGUCGAGCGGGGAAACAAUCACUAGAUCCACGAGGAAGGUGUUGGACGACCAUCUAUCUGUUACUUUCAAUUUUACGAACGUGGAUCUCCACGAAAGUGGGAAAUAUCGGUGCAUUUCACAAGAAGCUACGAAAGUUGGAGUUUCAAAUUAUGCCCAGCUGAGUGUGAGAAAACCCCCCCGACCCACUAGAGGGCCGAUGGUGUCGGAACCCGGUUCGACGAGUUUUAUGAUCCAACUAAAUAUCGAUGAAUUCACCGGAGAUGGACCUAUCGUGCAAACUAUAUUGAAGUAUAGGCCAGUGGAUGGGUUGUGGGCAGAUGUCCACCAUAUAACCAACGAAGAUUACCAACUGUGGCACCUACAGCCCGACACCGAGUAUGAGGUGUCCGUGACACUCGUGCGCCCUGGGGUCGGGGGUGCCGGGCCCCCUGGUCCCACCCUGCGCAGAAAGACCAAAUGUGGGGUUCCAUUACAAGCGUUACAAAACGUUAUCCCAACACCAGUGGGGUCGAAUGAGAUACAAGUCACUUGGAAUGUCCCCGACUUUAGCAUAGUUCAAUGUCAUUUCUAUCAAUUUGUCGUCAAAUAUCGGAUCUAUGAUGAAAACGAGCCACAAGAGGGGGCUAAUGAGUAUCUACAACUGGAAGUUCAGCAAACCCCGUCCGCGUCAAUCCUCGAUUUACGAACAUUCACUCGAUAUGCCAUCAAAGUAUCUCUAGUGACCUCCGGUGGCUCGAUUGACACUGGAGAUUAUAUCAUGAGAACAGGGGAAGGAGCCCCGAGCGAGGUCCCCCCACAAUCCUUUGUUACAACUUUCAUCAACGAGACUUCUAUUGCCCUCAAGUGGGCGGAACCUACGCCACCUAAUGGAGAGAUUAUCGGAUACGAGGUAUCCUACCGUGGAACCCGAUCUUUUGACCCAACGUUUCAAGCGCAGAACGAUAAUGGGUUAAUCCAGGAAGGUGGGGAUAAACGGGGACUCGUGCUAACGGGGUUACACCCGGGGACACGGUUUGCUAUUUCUAUUAGAGCCCACACGAAGGCGGGAGUGAGCAACGGGACCGAGAUUAUCGCUUCGACCGAUAUUUCAGCCCCCACGAUGCCCCGGUACCCGAACCCGUUCGAUUCUUCGAACAAAACAAUCACCCCAACUACAAUAGAAAUCACAUUAAAGCCCGCUGAUGCUAACGGAGCUCCCAUCACCAACUAUUACAUCAUAAUUGAGGACGUAACUCCAAAACCGAAGACACCCUCGAAACCUGCAGCCCCAUCAAGUGUUAGAAACAAGAAGAAUUCGGGAAAAGGAAACAAACGAAAAAGGAAAAAUCGUAAUCGUAACACUCGUAGUCUCGAUGCUCUCUGGCGCCACAAGCGACAAGCAGUGGUUGCCGUUAGCGACGAACCCAAUGCUUGUUUAUCUCAACCAAUCACGUUCGAGGAAGCUCAGCGCACCAACCGAUCGUCUUAUGCCGGGGCUCGGUUCGCCCCGAGUGAAGUUACCCAGGACAUGAAGUUUAUGGUGGGUGGAAGCAGCGACACGAACGGGUUCACGAAUCCCCCUCUCGACCCCAACAAGGAUUACAAGAUAUACGUUCGUGCUGAAAGUAACGUGGGAGGGGAAGUGAAAGCCAACUGCGUGCUCGUGGCUUUGAAAGACCACAAGAUUGUGACGCCAACCACGCGGCCGACCCAACCAACAAUGGAAAACACAAAAACUGUUCAACAAGACAAUGGAUCGACAGCAAUAGCGACACCCGGUGACAGGGAUGCGUCGCAACAAGAACAAGUGAUGCUGUACGCAGCAGUAGGGGGCGCUGUUGUGGCCGUACUUGUGAUUUCUAUUGUCGUCAUUCUGCUCGCUAUCAAGUUUAAAAGACGUCGUAAAAGAUUGCACAAAGACGAAGUGGUCAACCCGUUUGAGGUUCGUAUGAUGAUAUCUGACGUAUCCACCCCCGGCCACACCCUUUUACCGACCAAUCACGGUGAAGGAAGCGUCGAACGGAGAGCGUUGAUGCCGGAUGUUGUUGGUUACGAACAUCAAGCGUACAAUGGAUUAUAUUACAUCGAAAAAGCUUCGGAAAAUGGCGCGUCUUACCCCCCAGCUCCAUCCAGUGACGAAAGAUUUGCCGUUCGUGUGGAUGAUUUCCAUGUCCACGUGUCGCAGAUGAAAGCCACCGGUGGCUACGGCUUCAGGGAGGAAUUCUCGACCUUUGUUGACGGCCCAGCCGCGCCGUGGACCGUGGCAGAGAAGCCACAGAACAGGAUAAAGAAUCGCUACGGGAACAUAAUGGCUUACGAUCAUAGUCGUGUUGUAUUGGAACCUUUACCUGGUCACGAGGAAGAAUACGGGAGCGAUUAUAUUAAUGCUUCGUAUGUUAAUGGUUACAAGAAACCUGGGAUGUACAUCGCCACGCAAGCCCCAACGUCCGAUACGAGCGCAGACUUCUGGUUGAUGGUUUGGCAGGAACGUAGCAAUAUAAUAGUGAUGGUCACCAACCUCGUGGAACUCGGCAAGCGGAAAUGUCAUCAAUACUGGCCCGAUGAAACUGGCGUGUACGGGUCAAUACAAGUGUCCAUGAAUAAUGUGGAAGAAACUUCCGAUUACGUCGUUCGCUCGUUCGUUGUGCAACAGACGGACGGGUACGACGUACGUGAAGGGAAACAAUUCCAUUUUACCUCGUGGCCUGACCAUGGUGUCCCAUCUCGCCCCACCAACCUUCUAUCGUUUGUUAGGAGGGUGAAGUCAUACGACCCGCAAGGCGAAGGCCCCACACUGGUUCACUGCAGUGCUGGUUCAGGACGUACAGGUUGUUUCAUGGUGAUUGAUAUGAUGCUGGACAUGGCUCGGGAUGAAGAUAUUGUGGAUAUCCAUAAUACAGUGAAAGAAGUUCGGACACGAAGGGUUAAUAUGGUGCAGACCGAGGAGCAAUACAUCUUCAUCCAUGAAGCUGUUCUUGAAGCGUUGUUGUGCGGGGAGACCUCCGUGCCCGCCGGCGACCUCGUGCAACAUUACGAUGAGCUUAUCACCGUUGAUCCACAGACGCAUUUUGCUCCGAUACAAGAGGAAUUUGAGACACUUAACGUGAUCACCCCUAAACUAUCUGAGGACGAAUGUUCCGUGGCGCGACUCCCCAGGAACCGCGGUGCCAAUCGUUUCAUGGACGUGCUGCCUGCCGAUCGUCACCUGGCGUACCUCGUAACACCUGACCCCGCCGAUCGAGAGAAUAAUUACAUCAAUGCUGUUUAUGUUGAUAGUUACUCCUCGAAGAAUGAAUUCCUGGUGACACAGAUGCCACUCCCAAACACAGUCAUCGAUAUUUGGAGAUUAAUUUACGAUCAUAAUUGUUCUUCUAUUGUGAUGAUGAAUGAUGUCACAGAACAUGAUCAGACAUGCCGACAAUACUGGCCAGACCAGGGUUCGGCGAUCUAUGGAAGCUUCACGGUUGAACUGCUCACAAAAGAUGACGAGGUCGACGUCGUUACGAGGUUGUUUAAACUGCAGAAUAUAGCGAGGCCUGGCGAUGGUUACCGUCUCGUCCAACAAUUCCAACUUACGAACUGGCCGGCCCCACAACCCGUUCCUUACUCUCGUAACUCAGUAUUACGAAUCAUCCAACUCAUCAGCAAGUGGCAGUCUGAGUGUUCGGUCAACCAUGAACCUGGGAGAGCGCUCGUGCACUGCGUAGCUGGUGCAGGACGCAGUGGAAGCUUCAUAGCUUGUUACAACAUGUGUGAGCAACUGAGAAACGAGUAUUCAGUUGAUGUUUUUAAUAUUGUGCAAAGAUUGAGGAAUGUUCGGCCGCAACUCGUAGAAACAUUAGAGCAAUACCGAUUUUGCUACGAAGUUGGAAUCGAGUUUGCCGACCAAUGAGAACGGAGAAAGUAGAAAUCGACCAAUAGGAACGCACCAAGUUAAACGGGGGCUUUUGAUUGGUGGAAAGACUUUUGCUUAGUCGCCCUGGUGAAACCAACAUGACUAAGCGCCAAUCAUUGUGUCAUCAAAAUAUUUUGGGACGAAAUAUUUUUGGUGAAUUUAGUUAAAAUUUAUUUUGUUGUUUUUUUUACCGAUCCCCUGACCAAAUAAGGGCGUGACUAACUUUUGUAAUUUUUUUGACAUUUCUGUGCCCAUUUACAAUCCACGCUGCUUGCAUAACUUUAGUUUUAAUCAACUUUGGGAAUAAAAUCAAUCGCAGAUGUUU